UAAUAUAAGGGUAGACGCCGCAUUGGCCGCUCCGGCGCAGGAAAUACGGCGGCCAUCUUAGAGCGGUAUACCCUCGUACUUUGCUGAACCAAAACAACAGAAGAUGCCUCAGUUCUGCUCGGCUUAUUCGUGUUUAAAUCUACGAACUGUUGAUGUCAGGGACCGGGGGAUAACUUUUCACAAGUUUCCAAAAGAUAAAGAGAGGAGGAAGAGGUGGGAAAUAGCUUUGAGGAGGGAUGGAUUCACUGCAAGUGAUUCAUCUGUACUAUGCAGUGAGCAUUUCAAAACGGAGGAUUUUGACAAAACAGGUCAGAUUGUCAGACUGAGAGCUGAUGUGAUACCAUCAAUUUUCAGCUUCCCAGUUCACCUUCAAAGAGUUGAAAACUACAGAACUACAAUAACCUCCACAAAAGCCCAAAGUAGUGAGUAUGUGGCCUCUCAAGAUGACCCAGAAACUUGUAGUUCAGACCUGCAACCUCAGUCUAAUGAUGAUCAUUGCUAUGCUUUGCCAGCUUCUCUUACCGCUGUCACUGCAAAACAUAAGAGAGCGUUGGCAAGAGUGGAAUAUCUGGAGCGGGACAAGAAAAACACCAUGGCCAGAGAGAAGAAGGCAAAGACCACAGCAAAGUCACUUUUGGGGGAAUUGAGUGAAAAAAAUCUCAUUACUGAAGAACUCAAAGAACGGCUUGAAUUCUACUCUGAUCUACAACUAGAGUUUAUGGAGAAAAAGGGCCAUGAAUACUCCAACGAAUAUAGAGAGUUUGCCCUCAAA